GCUAGGGCUCUGAUAUACAAAGACAAAGAAAAGUAUUGCACCCAUUUUCAUAAUUUGGGUCCCUGGAGCCAUUUUGAUUUUUUGAUUACCAUGGCAACUGGCCCAAGAAAAAUAAUUACCACCAUGCCUACUUCCCCUCCAGGACCCUCCAUCCCCCCCAUAGUUCUAACAGCACCCUCAGGACCUGCCAGUAGCUUUGAUCUUAAUGAUAAGCAGAAGAGAUGGGUUGUCAUUGGAAUCACUUUAAAUAGGCUUCUUCUACCGGUCGUGCGUGACUUUGCUGGCAAAGAACUUUCUAAUCACUACACAUCAUUGAAGAGCUCCAGUGGAGUAGAUACACAGGUUUAUUCCACUCGCAUGAAAAAAGAUGGAUUAUUUGAUUUAAACUAUGGCAGUAUCAACAACAACUGGGGAAGGUUCAGGAGAAAGGAGCAUUUAUAUGAUUUCAAAGUGUUGUCUGCUGAAGAUCUGGCCAAACUUUACCUCGAACCACACUUGGCCAAGUUUACAGGAUUUGAUAGCACAUGUGACCUGUCAGCAGUUUUAGGAAUGCUGGCAAAUUCAUCAGUGUUUAAAACUCCCACCAACAUUCAAAAUAAUGCUAAAGAUGUGCGCUCCAAAGUACGAAAUGAGUGGGGACACUGCAACUUCGAUCAUUGGACUGACCUGGAUUUCAAUCACUGUUUCCAACUCAUGGAAACAUUGAUUCGUUCAUUGGGGCUUCCAACACCCAGUGAGAAGCAAUUGCUUGGUGACCUUCAAGACUGGCACACUAGGGGUUUGCAAUUGUGCAUGGGUUGCCCAGUGGACAAGGAUUUGAUGAAACUUGUCAGCCUUGAGGUAACCAACUUAUCACAAAACUUAGAGGGCAUUAAGAAGUCUAAUGCUGAGGAAGCUGACAAGAUAAGCGAGGCCUUGAAAGAUGUCAAACAUGAAAUCAAUAUAUUUGAUCGGCGUAUAACCGAACUUGAGACACGAGCAGAGAAAGAACUAAGGGCACAGUUAGAAAAGAACGAAGUCUUCUCCGAGGCAAUUGGCGAUAUUUCGAACAGCGUAACAAAAGUAGAGAAACGACAAGAUACAACUGAACAAAAAGUAUCUCAGCUAGAAGAAAGGCAUAAUCAGCUAGAAUCCACCGUAGAGACUUUAGAUUGUCGACUUAAAAAGCUAGAGCAGGGUUAUAUGAAAGCCACAGCCAAUGCCGANAUAUUCCAACUGCCCCGUCGCAAUAGUUGCUUUUGCGGUCGCGAAAGUGAGCUACAAACUAUCGCAGAGCUAUUGAACAAUACUAAGAAUGGUUGUUCUGAAUCAGCAAUUUGCGGUCUCGGGGGUGUUGGAAAAACAUCUCUUGCUGUCGAGUUUCUCUGGCGACAGAAAGACAAUAAGGAAUAUCCCGGUGGUAUUUUUUGGAUUUCUGGCGAAAAUAACAACCUUUUUCAAUUGUCUGUCAGCGAGAUGGCACGUCAAGUUGGUACUUUUGAUGACGAAGACUUUUCCAAUUCGCUGUUAAGAACCUUGGACUGGCUGAGAGUGCGCAAGCAGCUGUGGUGUCUAGUGGUUGACAAUCUGGAUGAGUUAGAAAUGUCCAUGGAUAUGCGGAAGUUGCUGACUGGUCAUUGGAAACAAGCUGCCCGUGGUCAUAUCAUCAUAACCACAAGAAGAGAAGCAAAGGAAAUCGGAGAAGAAACGGGAAUCAAAGAAAGCUCUUGUAUUGAGUUGAAGUGCUUGACAGAGAAAGAAGGAGUACAGUUUUUACGAAUACGAAGUGAGAUAACCGGAGAAGAUGAUGAUUUUCGUAAGCUAUUCCAAGAACUUGGCGGACUACCUCUGGCUCUUGAUCAAGCUGCAGCCUAUCUUAGAUGUGUCCCCAACUCGACUGUUAAAGAGUAUAUGAUAAAAUUUAAAGAGAAGAGAUUGCUUCUUCUGGAGAAAAAGGAGGCUCGCCUUCUGGUGGAAUAUACACCCCGAGAGCGGUUGGCUGUAAAGACGACAUGGCUGUUGAAUUUUGAUCACAUAAGACGCAUCUCAGAGGAGGAUGACCUAGGAGAAAUCCCUGUUCUUGUAAUGCACAUUUCUGCUUACCUUGGUCCCGAAGACAUCCCUUUUGAAGUGAUAAAUGAAGAACUGAAUAAAGUGGAAAAUGCAGAAGCAGCAGGCGAUGGGUGGGACUCCGGAGGUAUUGUGUCGCUUCUCACCAGGUUUUCUCUUUUCCAAAGGUGUGGAACGAAGUCUUUUAGUGUACAUCGUCUAGUACAAGAGGUUAUCCGAAGUGAGAUUGCGAAAGACAAAGCUGAGUUUCGCGUCCUUUCUUGUGCAGUAUGUGCCCUCUACCGUGCACUUGUGGACACACGCUCGCCAGUGGAAGUUUGCAAAAGUUUCUCUGGGGAUGCUGUUUUCAGCGUGGACAGUCCUCCUUCGUUACAUCUUUGGGGUAGGCUGGCUUCCCAUGCUACCUAUCUGCAGGAGCAUUUGCGCAGCUAUUCCAAGAAACAUGAAAAUGACGCUGAACGCGUGCAAAGCUCAUUGCUUUGCACUGGAGAAACUGUCCGAAUUUUGAAUGAAGCCGGGAUAUUUUUUAGCGCUUCUCACGAAAAAGUCAAAGCUCAGGAAUUGCAAGAAAUUAAACUUGAGCUACUGGUGCACCUUGAGAAAUCAAACCCUGGCGAUAAUUUUAAUUUACCAAAUUACUUCAUUGAUGUACCUCUGAAAGAAAGAGAGUACAAAGUAAUUUCUUGCUGUAUGAGACGACCUGAGGAGGAAGCCGUUGCGGAAGAAGAUUCUUCUCGAAAAAAAAUGGAGGAAAAAGCCAACCAACUUAGAGAAGAAGGAAACGUUGCUGCAAAAAGAAAAGCGUUCAAAGAAGCUUUGGGUUUUUAUACUAGCGCGAUUAACUUGCCUUCCAGUGACUCUCGACUGUACUGUAACCGAGCUCUGUGCCAUUUGAAACUUGGACAGCCGAGGAAUGCACUGGAUGAUUGCCAAAAGUGUCUUUCUUUAGAUCCUUAUUACAGCAAGGCAUUGCAAAGAAAAGCUUGGGCUUUGCGAGAACUUGUAGCAAGUGGACAGAAUGAAUUGAAAGGACAAGAGAAGGCUGCUUUGGCAAUGGCUCUUAACUUUGAUCCAAGUCUUCGCCAUGACAAAUUAUUUUGUAAAACGUUUCUAGACUUUGAAGACGCACGAGUUAGGGAGAUAACCAAUGCAACGCAACUGGCGUUUGCUUUGGCCACUGCAGAGAAAAAUGAGACCCUCUUAUUGCAGGAAGGAAAGUAUCAUCUACCUUGCUUUGUCGUCACUUGUGAUGUGCAGAUAGUAGGCCUUGGAACCAUAUCUACCUCGUUGAUUUGUACAAACAGAUGCGAAGUGAUUUCUUCCAGCUGUUACUUUGAGAAUAUAUCAUUUCCUAAAGGGAACAGUGCUUUUCUCUGCAGGGGUACGAAAGGAGCUAUUCACGUUAAUCGCUGUAAGAUGUCUGGAGGGCAAGCAAGUUGUAAAGACUUCCCAGAAUGUAACGGAGGUCCAGGAUGCAUAGCAAGAUCAAAAGGAAGGGAUGCUUGUGAUCGGACUUACAAAUUUGGAGAAGAUGUCGUGUCUGAAUUUGCUGGCCGUCCUGGAAUUCAGAUUAUUGAGCAAAGUGUUGCACUGAUUGAAAAUUGUAUUAUUCGCGACUGCGGAGGAGGAGGGGUUCUCGUGGAAGAUACAGGUUCACAGCUGAGCAUUAGACGAUGUGAAGUCUACAAUAACCACCAAAGCGGCUUAGAGGCAAGAGGAGGUGGAACAAUUUAUGCUUCUGAAAACAGGAUAUUUAGCAAUGGCUUUCAUGGCAUCCUGAUUGGACCAAAAGCAGAAGACUGUUUCAUAGAUGAUAAUAAGAUCUUUGAGAACGCAAGGGAGGGCAUUCUCGCCACGGGCAAUCAAGACAAAGUAGUCUUACAAGGGAAUGAUAUUCAUCACAACAGACCCUUCGGAAUUUCAUUGGAUGACAAUUCCGAAAUUUUAAUCCGGAACAACAAGAUUUUUGAAAAUGGAUUCUGGGCCAUUCUUGCAAAAUCACGAACUUCCGUACACAUUGAGGGAAAUGUCAUCGCGGCUAACAAAUGCGGAGGGAUUUUCAUGGGAAUCAAUUACUCAGGAAAGGUUGUAAUUAAAUCAAAUACUUUUCGAGACAAUUAUGGCCCUUGGCUGGAGUAUCAAGACAAAGUUGAAUCGCUGAAUAGUUAUAGAAAAUUGUGGCAGAACCCUAAAGUUGCCGAAUAUUGUGGCAUCCCUCGUGGAGAAGGAGAGUUUCAUUCAAAUCCUCCAAUUCUCAUUGGAAACGUGGAAGAUAACAACAAAGAAGGGGAACACCACCCCAGAGAGGUCACUCAACGACCACAGAGUGGAUGCACAUUUUGUCGUCGUUCAGAAGAUGAAGCGUGUCACUUGAUGAAGUGCCCCAGUUGUCAAAUUGCACUUUAUUGUAGCGAGGAAUGCCAGCGCAAACACAGACCCAAACACAAGGUACUGUGUUUUUCUCUCAGGAGCCGCUAUUCUUUAACAGUCAAGAUCAUUCCGUACCAGGUCCUGCCAGGAAAGGUCCAGGAGAGAGAGUUUGGCAGUCACUUGAUAGGUAUCGGAGAGGGACCUAAGCUAAAUCGUAAAAGUUGUGAUAGGUUUAUCAUCAAGAUUCAAACUAAAAAUCUCAACAGCCACCCAUUGCAGUUGUUGACUGUUUACGACAAGAGCCUGACAAUAGAUGGCAACAUUGAAAGUCCGGAAAUCUUUAAUAUCAUUAUGGAAUGUGGAGUUCUUGGAGGCCUACACAAAUUUACAAGUAAAAAAGUCUUCUUUUGGGCCAUGUUUGCGGAUGGAGGAGAAAAAAUCACAGUUUUCCUAAAUCAAUUUGCCCCUUUUCAGCAGUGGUGA